UUGUAUUCAUCGAUGCAGGCUUCAUUUGCUCGUCCAGUUUCCCUAAGACUAGUGACGAAACUUGGCUAUUUCGACGCGCGUCGUAAUAUCGUUGACGUAACGACCGAAUAUAAAAGCGAAUAGAGGCGUUUCGUGCGAUGAUAACAGAACGGACUCGAAUCGAACGCUAGGUGCUCACUGGCUGGAGAUAAGGACAUUAUUUCGUUCGUACAUUGCGUGCUCUGUUAUCAAAUAUAACGACGGCACACGCGAAAUUCUCUCGUCGACUGAACGCACUAAACGAACUAUAGAUUUCUUCUAAUAUUCAACGUAUGCAAAUUGAAUAAUUUUUUAAAACCGAUGCCAGAUUCGUAUUUAUCUACUUCGAAACUAUUUCCGAAGCUAAAUUGGACGAAGCGUUGAUUAGCUUUAAUUAUAACCGAUGCCAGGCUGCAUGGAAUCCCCCUUCGGUUCAUUUCAGAGGCCCGGUUUAAAGCGCAGAUGUUAGUAUAGGUGAUUUUAAUACUCCUGCUGAUCGUAGGACGAGGGUUAGUCGGCGAGGACCCCCGACGGCUCUCAUUUCGGCUGCAGCCAAGGGUGAAACGCAGUUUCAAAGAUAUAUUGAGAGGGUGACUCUGCGCUGAACGGGAUCGAUAUAACACAUGCGCCCUACGGCACAGAUUCCUCGCCGGAACGCGCGUUCAACAGCUUUCAUACACAAACCAGUACUCUGCGUUUCCUUCUGUUACCACUUGGCUUAUCAACGAGAAAUCUUCAAUAAUUUACACUUAUCGCUACGGCGUAAAUAGAAUACGUCGUUCAUAAUCGCGAUCGUGGCACUAGUAGAUCGCUCAGCAAUAUGCGACAGUAAUUUAAAUCGUGCCUUCGUACUUCAAACCCGUUCUGUGUAAUUGAUCCAUCGUUUCAUUUAAUCUACGAGUACUCUCGAUUCGGGCAAGCAUGCAAGCCGAGAAGACCGACAACGAGGCCGAGAAAAACGACGCUCAGGCGGAAAAGAAGGAGGAGGCUCAGGUCGAGAAGAACGGAGCAAAAACCGAUGGGAACGAGGAGGCUGCGGCUAAUAAAGUGGCGAAUUUGAAGCUCGAAGAUGACACCGGGAGUUCGACGCCCAAUAGCCCCAGCGCCGCGCAACCUGGGAGCUUCCUGGCGAGCUUCAAGGCGUUCUCGAAAUUCGGCGACCCGAAAAGCGACGGAAAGCUGAUCACGUUGAGCCAGAGCGACAAGUGGAUGAAACAAGCGAGAGUAAUCGACGGAAGGAAAGUCACCACUACUGAUACAGGGAUUUACUUCAAAAAGCACAAAUCUACGAAAUUGGGGAUCGAACAAUAUAAAGCGUUCCUGGACGAGCUGGCCAAAAGCAAGAAGGUCAACCUGACGGAGAUGAAGAAGAAAAUGGCUAAUUGUGGGCCACCUGGAGUCACCGUUGGCGGAUCAGGAGCGGGUAAAGCGGCGUCUACGGUGGACAGGUUGACGGACGUAACUAAGUACACCGGCUCGCAUAAGCAGCGAUUCGACGAGGCUGGUAAAGGGAAAGGUAUCGCAGGCCGCAAGGACCUGCCCGACCAGUCCGGUUACGUGCAGGGCUACCAGAACAAGGACACCUACAACAAGGCUCAUUAGCCUGUGAUCCGCGCGCUUCUGUGAUGUCUUCGACACUCUGUUGUCCCCGUCCACGCACUUCACACGAAACGUCGCGUCGCGUUCUUGCCUCGUUCACGCUGUCGCCGCGCGUUUUCCUCCGCCGUUCGCCAGGCGAACGCCGUUGACUAUCGACGACGAGAGGGAACAACGACGACCGACGGACGUGUUCGCCGUUCUCCUCAAUGAAGAUUUUUCAAAUAAAAAGAAUUUUGGGGAGCUGACAGUGGGCUCAGGACGUGGACUUGGUACAGUCUUUCGCUGCUGUAGAUCUCGACGAUGACGUUAACGCUGAACUGCGGAUUUUUAUGUAUCAAAAAAGAGAGUACAGUUACAUUAAAUAAAACUUCCAUAAUAUUGUCUGAGGAUAUGUAAAAUUGGAAUCCGCAUAAAAAUCCGCGGUCUGCUAAAAAUCUGGUAAAACAAAAUUCGGUUUAUUUCUUUUAUUGAAAUUAUUUGAAGUAUUUUUCUUCUGGAGUUGAUCAGUUUUGGUAUUGAUUAAUUAUACGAUAGAGAAACCGCGUUUGUUAUUAAUCUUCUAUUACCAAUUACCAUAUUUAACGUAACGUUAUUUUUCGUUUCGCGUCAGUUUACUCGAGUAAUCGAUCUAACAGUGAGACAGGUGAUGGCCAGUUACGUAAGCCAAGAAUGCACUUGUUGCAUCGCUUGGAUCGUGUGGGUAACUCGAAUGAGUUAAAUUGACGAUCGAGCCAGAAUCACGUGGGAACGAAAGAAAUAGGUCUAUGCAAUCAUCUGUUCGUUCAUAUUCAACCAUAAUUUCAUUCAAUUGUUAAAAUAUUGGUGGUGGUUCUGGCUUGAAACGACUCUGGUUUACUUUCGUUUUGGUCGUGUUGUACAACCAGUUCGACAGGGUUGCAUGCAAGUACAAAUAACGCUUAUCUUCUCGUCGAGCAACAAAGCUUAAACGCAAGGUAUGUAAGUAACUCCGCUUCGACCUUUUUUUACACGCCAUUUUCUCAAUAUCGCGAGCAAUACCGAAAGAUUGCAAUACGGAUCUUCAAAGCUAGUCAUUGUCUCGUGAAGAUGGAAAUAAUAAUUGUAAAACUGCGGGGUAGACUUUAUUCUCUUCUAUCUAUCCGCCGUUAUAUUCGAAUAAUAAAUCGGAGUAUACGGGGAGUCGUCGAUGUGAUCGUUCGAACUUCGUGAUAUUUUUGAUCGUUCUUAUGAUAUUAGACGCGUAAUCGAUUCGAAAGUGUACUUAAAAAGAUCGAGACCAAAAUCCAUAAUUCUUGGCACUAAAUCUUGACAACAUACAAGGUGACUCGAUAAGAAUCAGUGAAUGAAUAUUCUUUCGUUUCAUUAGAAGUUUCAUAUGAUUUUUGUAUUUGAUAAAACUCAUUCUUUUAUUAAUUCAUUUUUUCAAUUGUUCUUAAUAAUAUUACUUUACAUAAUAAUUCUUAUUGAAUCACUUUGUACCUAAUUACGAUUACAGGAAAUUAACUUAAGACUUGAUAUUUUGCAAGAGCACGCCUGUGAAAGCGAUUGUCCUUUGUUACCAUAAAAAAAAAUCUAUUUAACUUCGCAACCUUUGUUAAAAUUUUAAUUAAACGGUGCUUGUUCUUCAAUUUUCAUUCUUGGUUACUUCGCUUUCGCAAGAGUGAAUCGUAUUCGUUACGCACUUACGAGUUCUCUUUAAUGAAUCUAUGUACACUUAAGGGACAACGUACCUUGGUCGACGCCCUCCUAAUUUAUAGGGCAAGCGUCGAUCAUCUGAAACAAUAAAUGCGAGUAAAGUUGAAUGAA